AUGCCUCGCUCUGCUGGAGGGCAGUACGAGCCGCUGGCAAUCGUGCCAGCAGCAGCAGCAGCAGCAGCAGCAGCAGCAAACCCCUUGAGCUGUGGGGGCCCCCUUUCUGGCUCUCGGCGGCUGCAGCAGGCUUUGAGUUUAGAGUGUAUAGACAGGUUGAGUGGCCCCGUGAGUUGCUGCUGCUUCCUGCCUCCGCUGCAGCGCAGCAGCAGCAGCAGCAGAGCAGCAGCAGCAGCAGCAGACUCCGAUGAAGAGCAGCAGCAGCAGCAAGAGGACAGCGAAGACGGCGACAUCGAAGCCCUGCUGCAGCGCAGCAGCAAACGCAAACAGCAGCAGCAGCAGCAGCAGCAGCUCAGCAGCAGCUGGCUGCUAGCAGAAGGCACUCAUGGAGCUCUCGCGGCAGUGGGGGAGUCGCUGGGCCUUGCUGCUGUGGUGUCUGUACACUCGAAGCAAACGCUGCGGCGGCUGCAGCAGCAGCAAAAGCUGCCGCUGCGGUCUCUGGUGUUUAACAAGUUUCAAGGAGCUCUUUUUGCUGCUGGAGAUGACACGGUGGUUCGGGAGUGGAGUCUGGAAACUGGGGCUCUUUCUGCGGCUCUGAGUGGCCACAGCGACAGCGUGAGGUGUCUAGACACCUCAGAAACCCUCGAGGGUUUAGUGUUUUCGGGUUCUUACGAUUCCACGGCGCGUUUGUGGGAUGUUCGCCACCAGAAGUGCUGCCUCUCGCUGCCCCAAGGAGACCCCACAGAAAGUGUUCGCCUCAUAGACGGCUCGGCGACGCUGCAGCUGCUGACUGCUGCUGGAACUCAAGUCCGGCUGUGGGACGUGCGGCAGCCGGCGGCUCCUCUGUGGAGCCUCAGCAGCUUCGCAAAGACAGUGACUGUUGUCCGCGAGUUUCCUGCUGCUGCUGCUGCUGUUGUUGCUGCUGCUGCUGCUGCAGCAACGCCUGCAGCAGCAGCAGCAGCAGCACCGCCAACGCAGGAGGGGCAAAAGCUGCUGCUCGCCGCCGCGUCCUUAGACAAUGUUGUUCGCAUCUUCUCUUUCGAAACACUGCAGCUGCUGCAGUCCUUCAGCGUGCGAAGUGAGCUCCUCUGCCUGGACGCUGUGAGCGGCUACAGCAGCAGCAACAGCAGCAGCAGCAGCAGCAGCAGCAGCAGCAGCAAGCGAUUCAGCAGCAGCAGCAGCAAAAAGAGAAGCAGCAGCAUUCAAAGCCGCAUCCUAGUGGGCCUCUCAGAUGGCUGCUGGCAGCUGCGGCGGAUUGCGGGGGGCCCCACAUCUGGGACGGAGCUGCUGCUGCUGCAGGAGCAGCAGCAGCAGCUCCGUCCCAGAUGUGGGGCCCCCCGCAAUCCGCCGCAGCUGCCAGCAGCCAUCUGA